GCCGUAUCCUGGUCUCUCUGAUGUACAUCACAGAGAAGAGUUCUCUGAUUGUGGGAAUUAUUCGCUGUGCUCACCUGGCCGCCAUGGAUUCGAAUGGCUACUCAGACCCUUUUGUCAAAAUCAUGUUGUGUAGGUUGAGAUCUCUCAUGAAUAAUAAAUGAUUCCUGGUUGGUUAUCCACUGACGACUCCAUGAGCCACAGAUCUUCUGGAUGCAUCAUCUGUCCUCCAACACCCUCUCAAUCCAUUCAUUCCAUCCAUCCUCAAUUAGAGAUUAUCAUCUCUCCGUCUGUAAUAGAUUGAAUGAAUCACCCAGAACAACACCAUCGCCAGCUCACUAUACAAGUGUUUUGCGGCCUGAUAUGGGGAAAAAGUCCAAGUACAAAACCUCAGUGAAGAAGAAGACUCUAAACCCGGAGUUUAACGAGGAGUUUUCCUAUGAAGUCCCACUUGAUCAGCUAGCCAAAAAGACCCUGGAGAUCUCAGUCUGGGACUACGACCUAGGCAUGAGCAAUGACUUCAUAGGUGGUGUUGGAUUGGGGAUUAACGCAAAAGGAGAGAGACUGAAACACUGGUUUGAGUGUCUAAAAAACAAAGGAAAGAAAGUGGAGUACUGGCACACUCUAACACAGCAAGGAGCCCCUAGCAGUGACUAACACAGACAAGCACACACAUCUUCAUCCUCUGAAAAGUAAUAAUGAUAAAGAAAUGCAAUAAUGCUCAGUCUGAGCAUGAUGACGAUGACGGCGACAUUCAAUAUUAACGCGUGAGAAAAAGCAUCAUAAUCUAUUGUACAGCUUCAGAUUCUUUUGUGAUGAGAAAGAAGCAAGUGUGUGAUCACAAGCCCAGAUUGUGACGCACAAACAAUCGACCCUUUUUUCUGGUCUACACGUCACUAAUGUGAAAUCGUACUGUGUUGUGACUAUGCCACAGGAGCUCAUGCCAUAUUAUAGUGUUAUUGUUUAAUACAUGUGAAACGUGCAAUAGCAUCCUGGUGUUUGUUACAGUUGGUGGUGCUUUAAUUUUGCACACUAUCAAAGCACAACACAUCCAGCUGACUGUAAAUGUGUAUGUGUACCUAUGUAUUUAUCUUUUGUGAUUUGUUACGGAUGAAAGUUUACAGUCUCUUCCAGCCCGACAAAAACAUGAUGCACAGGAAAAGCACAAGGGAUGGUGGGUGAAGGAACUCUAAAGCAAUGAAAGGAGCUGUCUAUGGAUUUAAACGUUCACUCAAGAACUGCCACCGCCUGUCACUUCGAGAAGAACCAAAUGACAGUCACCUCAACACAAAUGUGUGUGUGAAUGCCCCUGUCUGUGUUUUGUCUUUGUACGUGUCUCUGUUGAAUGUUUGUACAGUGUCCUACACAAAAAAACAAGCGCUGAUGCACAUUGACAGUAUUUUUCGCUCUCUCUCUCUAUGGCGCCCUCUACUGGUUUAGAGGCCUUACUGCCAGGACAGUGCCAGUAUGGAGGGUGAAUCGCCUCUGGCAGGCCUCAUGCACGACUGCACGCCCCAUUAGGGGUUAAAUUAGCAAUCAAACCAAGCCUUUGAAGGACAAACUAACCUGUCAAGUAUGUCUUUGUUUCAGAACAGAAAAUCUUGCUCUGUUCGCUUUGUUAAAUUUGUUUUGUCAUCCUGACAUAAGAUCUGUGAAACGAUACAGAUUUCUUGCCAUGCGUGGGAAUUUCGGCUGUAAUUGUAUCUGUGUGAUUGCAUUUAUUAGCUGUUUAUUAGAUUCCGUAAAUCAGCUACCUGAAUCUACUUUUCUGAAUCUGGUCUUGAUCGAAGACAUUUUAUGCAUUUAAUUGCACAAAAAAAUAUUGUUUAUCCUGUCCUUUCAUGACCCCAGUGGCCAUUCCUGACUUGGAGUUGUUGUUUUUUUCAUAUAUAGUUUCUUACAUUUGAGUUAUCAAAUGAAUUGCCUAAGCGGUGUAUAAUUAUCAAAUGUUAUUCUAAGCAGCUGCAUGCCAAGUGAAUGUCAUAUGCUUUGAUGGACCACCGAUCUGCAGUGCUUAUGUUUGUCCUAAUAUCCAUCAGUGGGCCCAUCUAAGGGUAUUUAUUUUUGCUCAGUGAAUUGGGACAAUCCAGGCUACCUUUGAUGAAACAGCAUGGCAUUUAGAUAAUGGACUGGCGUCACCUGCCAGCCAAGAUGGGACUCCAGGGGGAGCGUUAAUGAAGGAGGGGUCAAACUGAAGGAGGAUUAUUCAAGUCUCUCUCACGUGUCCUCGUUGACUGUCCGUGUGGAACAUGUUAUGUGACUGCCAUCGUGUGUCGGUCUCUGUAACUGCGUGUCCGAAAUAAAUUGGUGAAACAGUG